UAAGACCCUACGAACAGGACAGUCAAUGCUCAAAGACUCAAUAACAGCCAGAGUACCUAACGCAAUUUCCGAAAGCUUUUUUGCGUCGCAAGAGAGGUUCUACAAUGACAACGUAGCAACAACGACGGCGACCACAAAACGUAAGUUCGAACGGAUCCUUUCGGCUACAGCGGGUCACUAGAAUACUAACACCAUCGCGCCCAAUGACCGAGCAAUCCAUAAUGCAACUAGCAUAGUCCUCCCGCCGGAGGCGUCGAUGCUGCUCAGCCUUGGCCCCAAAUUUGCUUUGCCAUACACGUCGAUGAAUGAAAUACCAUUCAGUCAUAUAAUAGCGGAUGUGGAACAUGUUUUAGGUUCCAUACCCGACAAGGAAACUAGGGAUCGAACUCGAUGCUCCGCUGUGAAUGUGAUUCAGAAUUUCAUUCAUAGAUUCAACAACAAACAGCAGGACAUGUCGUCUCGCUUCCUGACACACGCCUGCACAGCCACUCGACGUUUCAUCAAAGACAAUCCCGAUGUGGUGAUUGUUGAAUCUGAUAAAGGCAAGCAAACAGUAUUGCUGUAUGAGAAGGACUACGAUUCCAAAAUGCGGGAAAUGCUAGCAGACCAACACACCUACGAAGUCACUGCAGCGAAUCCAACGUCGGGCUAUCAACGAAUGAACAACAACAUCGUGUCCAGACUUCGGAGUCUUUCGCUGAUUGUCUUUUUUGUCUUUUUUAAAACGGCAUACCAGCUCAAAACAAACGCAGCGCAAUGUCCCAGGAUAUAUGGAUUGCCGAAGGUACACAAACAAAACAUGCCACUUAGGCCAGUGGUAUCCAAUAUAGGAGCGCCGACGUACAUGCUGUCCAAAUACAUUGGAAAGAUACUCCAGGCGUCAAUCAACAGUAGCUACAACAUAAGGGAUUCGUUUUCGUUCUGCAGCUUCAUCAACUCGGUGAGGUUGCCAGACAACUAUGUUCUAGUCUCAUUCGACGUUACGUCACUGUUCACGUGCAUCCCACGUGACCUGGUGUCUAGAACCGUGAUUGAAAGGUGGCAGGAGAUCAGAGAGAAUACGGACAUAUGCUUAGAUCUGUUCCUAGAGAUAGUCGAGUUCUGUCUAGGAUGUAAUUACUUUUCAUACAAAGGGAAGUAUUACAAGCAGAUCUUUGGAACCGCGAUGGGUAGUCCCCUGUUCCCCGCAGUAGCAGAUCUGGUGAUGGAGUCUCUUCUCGAUAACGUCGUCGGGAAGAUUGACUGCCCAGUUCCGGUUCUAAAGAAAUAUGUUGACGAUUUGAUUCUUGCCCUCCCACCGGACAAGAUAGCAGAGGUACUCAACAUUUUCAACAGCUUUGAUCCAAACAUCCAAUUCACAUGUGAAAUGGAGCAGGAUGGGAAAAUCCCCUUCCUGGAUAUGACUCUAGUGCGAAAACACGACCAAACGAUUCGAACAGAAUGGUACUGUAAGCCCAUGGCGUCUGGUCGUCUAGUGGACUACCUAUCAGGACAUCCACUACACCUGAAAAUGAACACCGUCACGAACUUCAUUCACAGAGUCCGAGAGUUUACCACUAAUGCUCCCCGAGAAACAGCCAACCAAAUCAUUGACGAAACCCUCCGGAUCAAUCAUUACCCUACAUCGCUUCGUCAUCGACUUCUGAGCAGAAACACGAAUCGAACGUCAAUCAACACAACCGUGAAUGAAACACCGACCAUCUACAAACCGAUGCUGUUCGUGAAUGACCUUACUCAACGUUUGAGAAAGUCAUUUGAAGCCGUACUUCCCAACAUCACACUGGCACCGCGGUACGAGAACACCACCAGGAGGAUGUUCAACAACAUGAAAGACACCGUACCGAUGGAAAUGAGAAACAAUGUUAUAUAUCGCAUUCCUUGCCACGAUUGCGAUGCGAGCUAUGUCGGGUUAACAACAACCUUACUGAAGCAGAGACUCAGCAGCCACCGUACAACGAUGAAUCAGCUAGAGAGACUGCGUAACAACGGCAACAACGAUGCGACGACGGAGUACGAGCUGGAACGGUUGAAGGAAAAGACCGCUUUACUUCAACACAGCAUAGAACACGAUCAUAGGUUCGACCUGGAAAAAACAACAAUAUUGGAUCAACAUAGAAGACAGUCAGCCCUACCAAUCCUAGAAGUAUGUAGCAUCAUAAACACUCCCCGUACAGUAAACAAGAGAUCUGACAUUGACAGUUUAAGUUCAAUGUAUGUAGGAAUCUUACACACACUCAAAAAUCAACAGUCCAACUCAAGAAACACCACCACACACCAAACACACGAAUAGCUAAAAGAUUAGAUCCACACCAGUUACCUCCACUUAUUUCCCACAAUUUGUCCAAACAAUAUCCACCAUCGUUACAUGAACAAAAUGACCGUUGGUUGGAUAGUGAAGGUGUUUCCGAAUUCAGAUAUUUUUUUUAAAAAACGUUUUUUGUUGUUCAGAGAGUAUGUCAAGUGGUAGAAAAUGUGUAAAAAUGUGUAAAAGCCAUUUUAUAAUUUUUGUAGGAUUUUUGCCAACACUUUUUUGAAAUUUUAGACGGAUCAUGCUAAAACCGAGCCCACAAAACGAGAACGAUUGCAAGUUCUAAUUCCCUGAAGAAGGUGUAAUAAACACCGAAACGUCGGAUAAAGAACGAUA